CAUGUAAAACACGAAAAAUAAAUUAUUCGAGAAGAAAAAGAAUCAAAACUCAAAAACGAACGGCGUAACGAGAAGGAAAGGCAAGAAGAGAUCUGUUUGUUCUCCGAGAAACGAAGAGAGAGAAUACAGAGCGCGAGAGAGGAGAUUAGGCAAAUUAAGGGAAGGAAAGAUGAUGUCCGGAAACUACCAUCACAUUGACAAUCAGAAGGUCUCAGGAUCUGUACCUGCGGUUACCGAUCCAGGGCACAUUCCAGUUCAGUUCGCAGAGUCGAAUCUGCAAACUUUUCCGCCCUCUGGCGCUCAGGGCAAGAUCAGUGGUGCAUCCAGGCCUCCCCGCGAUGCUGAUGAUUCAUUUUCAAAACCGGUCAAUGGUAUCGAGGAACCACAACAGCCAGGUGGCUGGCUUCGGGCAUUCUCAGUUGCUUCAUACAAGCCAUACUUUGACGUUGACACUGUAGAUGUUCUAGAGAGAAUCAAAGAUUCACUAUUCCCAUUCAAUGGUUCCUUCAACGAGAAAACAACUAACAACCCAGAUUUGUAUGGACCAUUCUGGAUAUGCACUACCCUAAUUUUCGUAGCAGCUUCAAUUGGAACUUUUGUGACUUAUGUAGCACACAAGGUUGAGAAGAAAGAAUGGAACUAUGAUAUAAAUGUCGUGACUUGGUCUGCCGGUUUGUUCUAUGGAUAUGUAACUCUUGUUCCUCUCGCUUUGUACGUGAUCCUCAAGUACUUCUCAGCGCCAUCAGGCCUGGUCCAGCUCUUCUGUCUCUAUGGCUACUCUUUAUUCAUCUUCAUCCCAACACUGUGUCUCUCGAUUGUGCCCUUGGAGAUCUUCCGGUGGAUAGUUGCAGGUGUCGCAGGUUUCAUGUCAGCAUCAUUCGUCGCACUGAACCUCCGAGCCCACAUCAUGUCGGCAGGGGAGAGGUGGUUCUUGAUCGUUGCAGGGAUCUUUCUGCUGCAGCUAGCGCUGUCCGUCGUGUUGAAGAUGUAUCUAUUCACCGUGACGUUUUAACAUCUGAGCUUAACUCAUCAUCAUCAUCACCGUCCCUCAGUUCUUUAUUUGAGUGUAAAACCUCCUCCAAUCACUGGGAGCCUAAAAGGCCACAGAAAAGUAGACAGAAAGUAUUGGGUUUUGAUACCUCUGAACAUUCAGCAAUUGGUUAGUUCUGUAUAAUGUUUGACACAUGUGUAUCGAUUGUGUUAAAUGAUUUGCGAUUUGUUGAGAGAAUUGCAAUUCAGUUCAGUAUAUUUAAAUCGAGACAAUCAAAUGUUAAGGAU